UUCAGCCUACACGAGCCGAGCCAAGCACAAGUUUAUUUGCAUCAUGUCGGAGCAGGACCGUUCCUCUGCUACUCAAACGAAAGAUGGGCCUGUUCAGUCCGAAAACACUAUUUCAGGCAAGACAUUCGGAGGAUCGGAAAGAGGCCGUAGCCGACAAAGCAAAGAGCCCAUCAUGGAAGGAGCGCUUGAAAUAGGAGAGCACUACAUGGUGCGUCGUUGCGACGACACUUGGCAUCCUGCGGAGAUUAUCCAAGUUCGCCCGUGCGAUCAUGAUGUCGGAAAGUGGGAGUACUACGUUCACUACGAAGGAUAUAACCGUCGUCUGGACGAAUGGGUCGAUCGCGACCGCUUCAAUUUGUCGUCGUCUCAAAAGGAGGACCUCAAGAAUCCAAUGUCGCAGGCAGACCUCAUAGAGCAGUCCGACCGAAAGAUCACGCGCAACCAAAAGCGGAGACAUGAUGAGAUCAAUCACAUUCAGAAGACGUACGCCGAGAUGGAUCCGACGACGGCAGCACUCGAAAAAGAGCACGAGGCGAUCACAAAAGUGAAAUAUGUUGACAGGAUACAAUUCGGAAAAUACGAAAUUGACGCGUGGUACUUCUCACCUUUCCCUGAGGACUACGGAAAAGUGCCGAAGCUCUGGAUCUGCGAGUUCUGUCUGAAGUACAUGAGACUUGAGAAGACCUACCGUUACCACCAGAGUGAGUGUGUGUGGAGACAGCCACCUGGCAAGGAGAUAUACAGGAAAGGCACUGUCUCCCUGUGGGAGGUGGAUGGCAGAGACCACAAGAUCUACUGCCAAAACUUGUGCCUUCUGGCCAAGCUCUUCCUGGACCACAAGACGCUGUACUUUGACGUGGAGCCAUUCAUCUUCUACGUUCUGUGCGAGGUUGACAAGCACGGUUCCCACCUGGUGGGCUACUUCUCCAAGGAGAAGGAGUCGCCCGAUGGGAACAACGUUGCAUGCAUCCUCACUAUGCCACCUUACCAGCGCAAGGGUUACGGAAAGUUCCUCAUCGCCUUCAGCUACGAACUGUCAAAGCUAGAAGGCACAGUUGGAUCGCCUGAGAAGCCCCUCUCCGAUUUGGGCAAGCUCAGCUACAGGAGCUACUGGUCCUGGGUGCUGCUCGAGAUCCUCCGGGACGUCCGUGGAGCAUUGUCUAUUAAAGACCUCAGCCAAAUGACCAGCAUAACGCAGCAUGACAUAGUGACCACGUUGCAAAGCCUCAACAUGGUGAAGUACUGGAAAGGUCAACACGUGAUCUGCGUAACACCGAAGCUCGUGGAGGAGCAUCUGAAAAGUGCCCAGUACAAGAGGCCACGACUUCAAGUUGACAUCUCUUCCCUGCGCUGGACACCUCCGAAAAAACGGCCCAAGCAAGGAAAGAAGGCCUAGGCUUUUUCUUUUUUUUCUUGGGAAAUACGUGUUCUUGUGCUCAGGCAUUACAGACUGACUAGCACAUUCGCACAAGACUGCGAUGUGCACAGAAAUUAGUGCGCACGUUUGAAGCACAUCUUUCACUAUUUAAGAAUCAUCAUCAUU